AUGCAUAACUCGAUUCGGGUGGGUCCUGAAGGACAUUUGCUAAACGAAUUGUUUAGUUCUGGCAAUGCUGAAAAGUUAUGUGAACAACUUGAAAGUUCUGAUCUCAUCGUCAAAGGAGAUCCCGGUGCCAGUAAAUUUCUUAACUAUUCCAUUGGUUUUCACGGUCCAAUGUAUCAAAUAUUCGAUGCUGAUGAACUGAUUAUUAUCUCACGGUGGAUUCUUUCAUUACAACCAUCUGCUGUCAAUGAAAUGCUUUCUCUUGUCCUUCAACGUCGAAAAUUGGCUGAAAAGAUCUCAAAUCAUGUUACACUCAAGUUAUCCGACAAAUCCCAUAAAUCAUUGCAACAAUUAUUUGCUGGUAACAUGACUGAUCUGUUAGCUGCUUUUCGUGCGAGUGAAUGGACCGUUCCAUUUAAUGGACAAAGAUUGACUAAAGAAAACGUUGAUACGUGCAAAUUAAUGAGAGCGAUUGAGUCCAAUGGUGAACUUGAGCAAGUUUUUAAUCGUGACACUGAUGACAAAAGAGUUUUGCAACAAUGGUUACUCAUGGGAGCGCCUUUACCUAAUGAAACCUUAGCCGCAUCAGAAAUAUCAAAAAGAAAAAUCAAAAUUCAGUCGCACGAACGUUUUAAAUUCGAACUUUAA